AGAAGAACCCGGAACCAGCACCAUUAGGGUGCUCUAGUUACCUAACAUUCCUCCCUUUUUUGUUUUUUAAGAAGUGGGGAGGUGGGCGUCGCUGUUCGUCUGGCUACUUCCUGCUGAACGGGGCGUCGUGGGAAGGGAUAUUGGAGGACUGUAGGGGCCGAGCAAUAGCAGGAGGCCAAGGAAGACGGCGCUGAAGGUGAACACUUCCUGGGGUGUGAAGUCUAAAGAUGUCCCUUGUAAGUAGAGGUCAUCUAUGGACGCAAGCCAUCCGUAUGGCAGGGAAGGAUCUGCUAUGAGCCACGUAUCUUCUUGGAGGGCCUGGAGGAAAUCUAAGAAAUUACAGGUCCUGGAGAUGGAGGCCAUGGGCAGCCCUAUGAAGUUAUUACUCUCCCAAUGGGAAAACUGAGCCUUGAGAAUUUUCAGCAACUUACGCCAAGAUAGAGGCUGAAAUGGAAUUUUUCACCUAUCACUGGAUCUCCUGCUACCAUGUGAAGGAGUUCCUUGCUUCCCUUUCACCUUCUGCCAUGAUUGUAAGUUUACCGAGGCCUCCCUGUCAUGCUUCCUGUUAAAUCUGCAGAACUGGAACAAAUCACAAGACAGUGGCAUAGCAGAGAUGGAAGAACUUCCUGUACCACAUAACAUCAAAAUAAGCAAUAUAACGUGUGACUCAUUCAAGAUUUCAUGGGAAAUGGAUUCAAAAUCAAAGGAUCGCAUUACACACUAUUUUAUUGACCUCAACAAGAAAGAGAACAAGAACUCCAAUAAAUUUAAACACAAGGAUGUUCCCACAAAAUUGGUGGCAAAAGCUGUUCCCUUGCCUAUGACUGUCCGUGGACACUGGUUUUUAAGCCCAAGAACUGAAUAUACAGUAGCAGUGCAGACUGCCUCAAAACAAGUUGAUGGUGAUUAUGUUGUGUCUGAAUGGAGUGAAAUUGUAGAAUUCUGCACUGCAGACUAUUCAAAAGUUCAUCUAACACAAUUGUUGGAGAAGGCUGAAGUGAUUGCAGGACGCAAGCUUAAGUUUUCUGUUUUUUAUCGUAAUCAGCACAAAGAAUAUUUUGACUAUGUUCGAGAACAUCAUGGGAAUGCUAUGCAGCCCUCUGUCAAGGAUAACAGUGGUAGCCAUGGCUCUCCUAUCAGUGGAAAAUUAGAAGGCAUCUUCUUCAGCUGCAGCACUGAAUUCAAUACUGGAAAGCCACCCCAGGAUUCACCUUAUGGAAGAUACAGGUUUGAGAUUGCCGCAGAAAAACUUUUUAACCCCAAUACUAACUUAUACUUUGGGGACUUCUACUGUAUGUACACUGCUUAUCAUUAUGUGAUUCUUGUUAUUGCUCCUGUGGGAUCACCAGGAGAUGAAUUUUGUAAGCAGCGCCUUCCUCAACUAAAUUCUAAGGAUAAUAAAUUUUUGACCUGUACAGAAGAAGAUGGGGUGCUGGUUUACCACCAUGCCCAGGAUGUCAUUUUAGAAGUCAUUUACACUGACCCUGUGGAUCUUUCUCUGGGCACCGUGGCAGAAAUCACUGGUCAUCAGCUCAUGAGUUUGUCUACUGCAAAUGCAAAGAAAGAUCCCAGCUGCAAAACCUGUAAUAUCAGUGUUGGACGUUAAUGCCCACUUUUCUUAUUCUUACUCAGUCCCUUUUCCUCCCUUAGGAGCAUUGGUCCUCUGUUGUCCAUUUUCAUCACCAGAUGUUUUCCACUGAAGCAUGCACAUGCCACUGUCACCAAAAACAAACUACCACUUUCCAAAUUUCAUUCAGAGCCAUUUUAGUGUUUUCCUAUUCCCUACCCCUGCCACUACUUUCAAUGAUGAAAUACCCUAAGUUCUCCUUUUGACACUUUAUUGCCUAGAUGCUGCAAUGUUUUUAUGUUUCCUUUAUGCCAAACAUAACAAAACAGUUAUAUAGACCGCUUUAGCAAAGUACACAAUAAUGGCUUAUAAAUGGUGUUUAUGCAUUCAUUUUAAUCUACUGAACAAAUAUUGGGAUAACUCCAAACCGCAUGAAAGGGUGUAAUUGCAGCAUGAGUUGAGUUAAAUCUUGAAGCCUAGAAUUGUCAGCACUUCCAACUUCUUGUUUGACAGUGUUAUUUAUGUUAUUUAUAUUAGCUAACAGGAAACAACUACUGUGUUUCAACAUAAUAAAUAUAAUAGAAAAAUA